AUGUCGCAGCAGGAACGAAGCUCUUCGUUCCUCCACCACACCGUCACAGGAGCGCUACAUCAUCCAGUCCAGUCAGCUAUCGUUCUCCUCUUCAUCACCGCCGUGGUCACGCGCGUCAUCACGGGACUCCAAUACCGCGCCACCGUGUCAAAUCAGCCACCGGGAAACAGUCCGCGAACUGUGCCUAUUCUCCCAUAUUGGAUACCGUGGAUCGGCCAUGCGAUCAACUUCGCCGCCGGGGGUACGGCUUUCUUAACGGCUGCAGCACGGUCACUCGGGGGCAAUGGCUCCAUCUACGCGCUGUGGAUGGCCAACUCCAAACACAAUGUGGUCACGGUUCCUAGUCUGGCGAAACAGAUCUUGAUGGACAGGAGCAGCCCCAUCACCAUGGAGGAUUUCAUCUAUCAUGUCAUGAAGACCUUCUGGGGCGACGGGGGUGCGAUCAAAGCCAUCGAUCCUGCUCUCCUGUGGGGCAACAUCCAUGGAGUCCUGUCCGGCAUGUUGCGCGAAAGCUUCGUCACCACGGCCAUCAAGGUCACCGUCGACAUGGUCCAGGACAGAACAUGGAAUCUGGUCUCUGGCGCAGCGAGUCCUGUGGACCAGAGUAUCUGGGAACGACAGGGGAGUGUCGAGAUUCUGUCCCAGGGGAAAAGUGAUGGUGAUUUCGUCGCCGAAGCCAGUCUCAUGCCUCUGAUACGGUAUUUCGUGGGUGACAUUGCCACGACGGUACUGUUUGGGAAGGACUUUAUGGAGAAUAAUCCCAACAUCAUGCCGGACCUGUGGGAAAUGGAUACGCGCUUCAAUCUCUUCUUGGCCGGCGCGCCAAGCUGGUUUCCGGGGAUGGGUGGGCCAGCAAAAGCAAGAGAACGCAUCAUUCAAGCCAUCGACGAACAUCACCAGGCGUUGUUCAAGUACCUCGACGGUCAAGACCCCGGGUCCAGGUGGAGUGACAUGUCUGACGUCUCUUCCGUGAUUGUCGAUCGUGCGCGAGAGUUCAAGGCGGCGGGAUCCUCGCCUAGAGGAUGGGCCACCGGCAACGGGGCGAUCCUGUGGGCCAUGAACAUCAAUGCCAAUGCCGUGGUCUUUUGGAUGGUAUGGUAUGUCUUUUCGACGCCGUCGUUAUUACAGGAGAUCCGGCGCGAGAUUGCUCCCCAUGUACGAUUCCACCAACCAGCCGCGACUGGCCUUCCGAUCAAGGAGCAACCGAAGCUUGAAAUCGACGUGGCUGCUCUGUGGACCAAAUGUCCUCUCCUGAAAGGGGCGUUCUUCGAGGCAAUGCGCCUGGAAGCUCCAAGUAUGUCAUACAAGAUGGUCGAGGACGACUUUGUGGUCUACGAGGACGAGAAAGAUGCCAGGAGCUUGGGCAAGAAGGAGCCUCAAAGUUGGCUGCUGAAGAAGGGAGAGCUAAUCUGCAUUCCACACGGGGUACAUCAGAGCGACGAGAAAUAUUUCCGCGAUCCCGAGCGAUUCGACCCCCGACGAUUCUGGGCCAAGGAAAGUCAGGCGGAGAAGGGCCAGAAUGGUCACGUCAACGGUGAGGCGGAGGACGACGCCGAAAUCAGAGUGGAGUACAAGACGAUGAAAGUCUGGGGCGGCGGCAAGCAGAUGUGUAAAGGCAAGACGUUCGCCGAGAGGGAAGUCGUCCUUUUCGGAGCCGCGAUCAUCAUGCAAUGGGACAUCGAGCCCGUCAACAAUGGUGGUAAGUGGGUGCACCCAGGUCGCAUAGUCGGCGCCGGUGCCAUGAACCCGAAGAAAGACGUCCGGGUUCGGAUGAAACGAAGGGAGGGAUGGUAG